CACUAGCUUAGGUGGAGUCUACACCUAAGCUGUCUACACCUAAGCUGAAGGACUCUUUUUGAACUACAACAGUUUUCAGAAGCCCAGGAUGUCUCACCUGAAAGAUGGACCAUGUCUUAAAUCUUCACAUAGUUCUUUUACUAGUGGUGUUUGUCCUCCUUCUCUCAGCACCCUAUUGUGAAGGUCUGGUGCAUGUAGUUGGUCCGUCUCAGCCAAUAAUGGCAACAGUUGGUGAUGAAGUCAUUUUACCGUGCCAGCUGGAACCUGCCACAAAAGCUUCAGGCUUGACCGUAGAGUGGGCGAGACCUGACCUGAACCCAAGAUUUGUUUACGUGUGGCGUGACGGCGUGGAACUGGAAAGUAAAACACAUCCGUCAUACAAAAGAAGAACUAAAGUGUUCCCUGACGAACAGAAGCUCGGAGACGUUUCCCUGAAUCUCUCCAAAGUGAAAUUUUCUGAUGGGGGAACAUAUAAAUGCUUCAUUCCAGGACAUGGUGACGCGUUAAUUCAGCUUGUUGUUGGUGCUGUUAACUCACCUUUCAUAGUGAGUAUUAACAUAUCCUCCAGUGGAGUUGUUCUACAGUGUGAGUCUGAAGGCUGGUAUCCAGAGCCUGAGGUGCUGUGGCUGGACGGUGAGGGAAACCUCCUCUCUGCUGGACCUACAGAGACAGUCAGAGGUCCUGAUGAUCUCUAUACUGUCAGCAGCAGAGUGACUGUGGAGAAGAGACACAGCAACAGCUUCACCUGUAGAGUCCAGCAGAAGAACAUCAACCAGACCAGAGAAACACAUAUUCACAUUGCAGGUUCAAAUAUGAAAGGGCUGAAGCCCCCACUACCAACCCCCCUUACAGAAAAAAAACAAACAUUUAGCUAUACUUACAUCUUUACGAGUCGUGGGUCUGUAAAUGUAAAGUUUGUCCUUAGGUUGGUGCUAGAGGAAAGUAUUAAGAGAAAUUACUGUGCUCAAAGAGGGUGGCUCAUUCAUUACAAUGUAAGUUGCUCACUGGCAGCCAUUUACAAGAAAAUUAAUCAGGCUUUCUCGAGCAUAUUCCGAUAAUAAAAAAGGACUUGAAUUCUAACAGGCCGAAGUUGGUGCAAAGCUCUGCCCUGUACCUUAGGGGACUGGUUCGUCCUAAUUGGGGCAUAAACAUGCUCAAUACAUUUCAUGGCAGUCUGCCUAUUAGGUUAUGAGAUAUAACACCAGAUGGUGACUAAAGAGAAAAUGUCAAAGGGUCACCAAA